ACACGAGACGGUUCUGUUUCCCUCUAUAGGUUUUAAUAUUUUAAUUAUGUCUCUAAAUCUUCGCCGAUUUUUCUCAGGCUGUUUACUUUUCUAUUUUUUAUUUAUUAUAAAUACGAGCUUCGGUAGUUUUCAAGGGCAAUGGUCACACGAUUCAAAAAAAUUUGAGAUUUGUAAGUUGAGGUCUUGCUUCGAUGGAGGCCACAAUGUCACAGCAUCCUGUAAGGUAAAUGAAACAACCAUAUGGCGAUGUUGUGUGAGUAAUGGAACAGGAAUCAUUGGGCUUGAUCUCACUAACUGCUCUUUGAAAACUCUACCAAGUUUACAAUCAGUGAAUAUGUCAUUAAAUUGGUUAUAUUUACAGAACAAUCCUGCUCUUGAAUGUAACAGCUCAGCAUUUCAUGGUCAUUUUAAGGGUUUUGCAAACUUGACAAAGCUGAUUUUGCCAAGGAGAUGUAAUUGUACAGGAGGAGACAGUGUUUGGAAACAACACAUUAUCAAUGGCUCAGUAAGACAGUGCUAUGGGCAGAGAAAUUCCUGCAAAGUCCUAAAUGUGACCUGCCCUGGGAAUUCUGCUUGUUCUUCAAAUGGUCCAGGAUUCUCACAAUGUCUUUGUAAACCAGGUUGGCAUGGUUAUAAAUGCUUAGUUAAGAGUGGAUUUCCUUGGCUGUUAAUUUUUGCUCCAGUUGGUGGAUCAACAGUGGUUUUAAUAGUUGUUAUUCUGCUCAUCCAGCGAAGAAGGCGUGGACAAAGGCCAACACGAUAUUCAGUACUCCACUGACCUAACUGACUGUUACUUAAGGCCAAGCCUUGCUGAAAAACAGCCAAUCAUUGAUCUGUUCUUGGGAGGAAAUUAUCAGUACUGCUUCUCUACAUAUGUGCUGUCAUGUAAUCAUUACAAAGCACUUCAGGAAAUUCUCUAUUAGACGAAGUAAAAAGUUAGGAUUCUGAUUUGACAUUGUCAUCGAUUAUUCCUACUAUACAAUAGUUUUUUUUUUAUUUAUUUUGAGAUCAAUUUUUUUAGUUAUUUCUCAGGGUACAGUUACUUUGAAAAUAAAGUCAAUGAAGGUUUGUUCAAAA